GUGCCUCUCACUCUGCAUUUUGGAAAACCAGAUAAUCAGGCUUGUCAUAUUUCCUGCCAAUACAACCCAAAUGCAGUACCUGUGACUAAAGCAACAUUUUUGUGAAUAAAGUAUUUUGGGAUUUGGAUACAUGGCACCUUUUUUAAAAAAAAAUUAUUUUUAAAGUUUCCUUGGCUCAGAUUUGCUUAAGUAAAUAAAGUCAAUUUUACCAUGUAUUAUGAGAGAAAAACUGAAAAGGAAGAAAUCCUUACUAUUGAGGAACAAGUUCCAGUUCCAGUCUAUCAUCCAACACCAAGCCAGACUCGCCUAGCAACUCAGCUGACUGAAGAGGAACAAAUUAGGAUAGCUCAAAGAAUAGGCCUUAUACAACAUCUGCCUAAAGGAGUUUAUGACCCUGGAAGGGAUGGAUCAGAAAAAAAGAUCCGGGAGUGUGUUAUCUGUAUGAUGGACUUUGUUUAUGGGGACCCAAUUCGAUUUCUGCCGUGCAUGCACAUCUAUCACCUGGACUGUAUAGAUGACUGGUUGAUGAGAUCCUUCACGUGCCCCUCUUGCAUGGAGCCAGUUGAUGCAGCACUGCUUUCGUCCUACGAGACUAAUUGAGCCAGGGUCUCUGGUCUGACUUCAAGUGAACCAUCAUUUUUUGGUGGUUUUGAUCUUUUGUCACUGAGCCCAAAGAGUCAGGGAUUAGGAAUUAAGAUCAUGCACAAAAGUUUCCUAAAAAUUCCUGAAUGGCUGCAGAUGUUGGGGAAAAAAAUAUGUGAUAUUUUAGAAACUUAGGGGGAAAAGUAGGAUGGUAUUUUUAUGUAAAGCCUUGACCCAGUGUUUAAAAAUAUAAUUGUAUUUAGAUCUUGUUAUGCUCCAGUACAUAGGAAUUGUGUAAAGUGUUACAGCAGCUGUAUAUGUUUAAAUUGUGUGUGUUGAAGAUUAGGAAAAAGAUAGUGGUUGUUUUUCCUAAAUGAAAUAACUCUCUUUUUCCCCCCCACCCAAAUUCUUUUCUGAAGUUGCUGGCAUUUGGGUCAAGGUUUUAUUAAAAGCUACAUUUUAUAACACUGGCACAAAAAAAAAGUAGUUUUAAGCUUGUUUGCACAGUUCUUUUUUUCCAUUGGAAAUGGAAUUCAUUGCCUUAGGUCUUUUUAAAUAGUGUAUUAUUAUCGUUGGGGCUGGCUCUAUGCUUGAAAACCAGUUUAUUUAUAACCUGUUAUAAGUGCUAUAUCUGUUUGCAGUUAGGAAAUGCAGAAUUCAAAGUGAUCUCCUAGCUUGUAAGCAAACUGAGAUGCACUAUCCCUUUUCUAUAAACACUGAGUUAAUGUCAAGAAACCAACUCUAGUAAAGUGGGGUUUACUGUUACCCUUUCCUGUGUGUUUUAUCUAAUUACUUUGGUUGUUAAUAUGGUAAUAAUUAAAAGUCAAGGUAAAUUUUAAAUAUUAAGAUUUCUGAUUUAUGGAGCUUGAAUUAUGCCACCAUGCUUAUGUAAAAUGAAAGUGGCACCAUGGUGAAACUGAGAAAAGUUGCUCAGUUCUAACAGUUUUGAUUUAUUCUUUCUUGCGACCUCCUUCCCUUAUUGUCUUGAACCAUAGCAAAAGGAUACUGCAUCUCUUAUUAUUGUAGUGCUGAGGUUAUUGAAGUUAUAUAAAACACAUCUCAGUCUGUUUCUUUGAAAGGAAAAGUCCUGCUGGCUGACAAGUCUAAGCAGGGAGAAUUAAGAUAAACGUAUUCAUGUUUUGCACACAAACGCAGAAUUUGUAUAACCAUAUGACUUCAUAGUUGUGAUCUCAAAGAGGGAAUUUCUCCUUUAUCUUUCUUGCAGUUAAUGUAAGAACACUCUGAAUCUCUAAGCUUCUGAAGUGUUAGAGGUGUUAGAGGUAUAGAUGGUUUAGUAAAGAUGUAGUUUGUAAUGUUUUAUCCAUUUAGCAUGUGUUUAUUUUUCCUUAUGUACUCAGAGGUGACUUAUUUGUUCAGCUCAGUGAUAUUAUACAGCUAAGUAUAUCAUUCAUUAGCAAAAGGAGAAGCAAUCUCAAUCUAACAUCAGAAAUGUUUAUUUAAUAUUGAGUUGAAUAUUUGACUCUAACACUUUUCUACAUACAAAACACAAGUAUCUUGAGGGUUCUUCAAAAUUGCAUUGUAGAGGAAUUCAGUAUGUCAUAAAUACUUAAAGAUUUGACACUAGACUGUAGUAUCCAUAUGUUGGUUAAUUUUCUUAUGAGCCCCAUGAUGGAAAGACUUAAAGAUGAAUUUGAGAAAAACUGAAAAUUAGAUUAUCAGGUUCUGUUAAAUUGUUACAUGUAUCUUGCUUAAGUUUUUGUUCAUUAAUUUAUAUCCACUCAAUUACAUAAAGCAAAUUUGGAGGAAACACCUGAAGUUGUGCAAUAUUUUCAUAGAUAUUACUUUUUUUAUCCUUGUGUUUUCUACUUAUACAUGUCUGACUUUCCUUUUUUCUAGAUUGUUAAAAUUGGUAAGUGAACUUUUAAAAACUAAUGUUGCUGUUAGUCUUUAUUGCAAGGCUUCUUUCACAGAAGUUUGGCAGUAAUAGUGAAGGAACUAGAAUUGAGCUGAAAAAAAAUUUUUAAGGUACUUUGUAUUCUUUAAUUUUGAUUUCCAUACACCAUGUUAAGAACUAUCAAUUUUGGCUUUUACUAAGUUAAAUAAAGUUAUAAUACAGUUGUAAA